CAUAGAAAGAGAGACAUGGAGGGAGAGAGUGAAAUGAAACAUUUAAUAUUCAAGAGGAUUUGUGUGUUCUGUGGGAGUAGCCAAGGAAAGAAGAGUAGCUAUCAGGAUGCUGCUAUUGAGCUUGGCAAGGAAUUGGUGUCAAGGAACAUUGAUCUGGUCUAUGGAGGUGGUAGCAUAGGCCUAAUGGGGUUGGUUUCACAAGCUGUUCACAAUGGUGGUCGGCAUGUUAUUGGAGUGAUUCCCAAGACGCUCAUGCCUCGAGAGUUAACUGGUGAAACAGUAGGGGAAGUGAAGGCUGUUGCAGAUAUGCAUCAAAGGAAAGCAGAGAUGGCUAAGCAUUCUGAUGCUUUUAUUGCCUUACCAGGUGGUUAUGGGACUCUUGAAGAGCUACUUGAAGUGAUAACAUGGGCUCAACUUGGCAUUCACGAUAAACCUGUCGGGUUGCUGAAUGUAGAUGGAUACUACAAUUCACUGCUAUCAUUUAUCGACAAAGCUGUGGAAGAGGGCUUUGUUAGUCCAAGUGCACGUCAUAUCAUUCUCUCUGCACCAACUGCAAAAGAGUUGGUGAAAAAAUUGGAGGAGUAUGUUCCUCGCCAUGAACGAGUUGCUUCAAAGGUGAGCUGGGAGAUGGAGCAACUUGGCUACCCUCAACAAUAUGAUAAUUCUAGGUGACAUGGUGGUUUGACACAGAAAAGAAGCUAACUUGGAAAAUUUGAUGCUGUCAAUCUGAGGGGAAUUCUUUUUGUAAAUUACUUGCUGUAAUUGACUUAAAUAUGCUAAGCUUCACUAUUCCCGUCAAUUGGAAGUUUGGUUUUCUUUUUUAAGUUGUAAGUGCUAGAUGCAUAUGAUAUUCUCCUUCUAAUGGUAACUUGUCCAAGUUUUUUUGCUU